GCUGCCCAUGCUGGUGCUCCCUGCCCUGGCCCUGCUCAGCGCCAGCCGCACGGGCUCGGCCGCUCAAGACGACGACUUUUUUCAUGAACUGCCAGAAACUUUUCCAUCUGACCCACCUGAACCUUUGCCACAUUUCCUGAUUGAGCCUGAAGAAGCUUAUAUUGUGAAGAACAAGCCUGUGAACCUGUAUUGUAAAGCCAGCCCUGCCACCCAGAUCUACUUCAAGUGCAAUAGUGAGUGGGUUCAUCAGAAGGACCACAUAGUAGACGAGAGAGUGGAUGAAACCUCUGGUCUCAUUGUCCGGGAAGUGAGCAUUGAGAUUUCGCGCCAGCAAGUGGAAGAACUCUUUGGGCCUGAUGAUUACUGGUGCCAGUGUGUGGCCUGGAGCUCAGCGGGCACCACCAAGAGCCGGAAGGCCUACGUGCGCAUCGCAUAUCUACGCAAGACAUUUGAGCAGGAACCCCUGGGGAAGGAAGUAUCCUUGGAACAGGAAGUUUUGCUCCAGUGUCGACCGCCUGAAGGGAUCCCAGUGGCAGAGGUGGAAUGGUUGAAAAAUGAAGACAUAAUUGACCCAGUUGAAGAUCGGAAUUUUUAUAUUACUAUUGAUCACAACCUCAUCAUCAAGCAGGCCCGCCUCUCAGAUACCGCGAACUAUACAUGUGUCGCCAAAAACAUUGUUGCCAAGAGGAAAAGCACAACGGCGACUGUCAUCGUCUACGUAAACGGUGGCUGGUCCACCUGGACAGAGUGGUCUGUGUGUAAUAGCCGCUGUGGACGGGGGUUUCAGAAGCGCACGAGGACCUGCACCAACCCAGCACCCCUCAACGGUGGUGCCUUCUGUGAAGGGCAGAGCGUGCAGAAAAUAGCCUGUACCACGUUGUGCCCAGUGGAUGGCAGGUGGACCUCCUGGAGCAAGUGGUCUACUUGUGGGACGGAGUGCACGCACUGGCGCAGGAGGGAGUGCACGGCGCCCGCCCCCAAGAACGGAGGCAAGGACUGCGAUGGUCUGGUCUUGCAAUCCAAGAACUGCACUGAUGGGCUCUGCAUGCAGAGUUUCAUUUAUCCUAUUUCAACUGAACAGAGAACCCAGAAUGAAUAUGGAUUUUCUUCUGCUCCUGAUUCAGAUGACAUUGCUCUGUAUGUUGGCAUCGUCAUAGCAGUGAUUGUUUGCCUGGCCAUUUCUGUGGUUGUGGCCCUCUUUGUGUAUCGGAAGAAUCACCGUGACUUUGAGUCUGAUAUUAUUGACUCUUCGGCACUCAACGGAGGCUUUCAGCCUGUGAACAUCAAGGCAGCAAGACAAGAUCUCCUGGCAGUACCUCCAGACCUCACAUCAGCUGCAGCCAUGUACAGGGGACCUGUCUAUGCCUUACAUGAUGUCUCAGACAAAAUCCCCAUGACCAACUCUCCAAUUCUGGACCCGCUGCCUAACCUGAAAAUCAAAGUGUACAACACCUCAGGUGCUGUCACCCCCCAGGAUGACCUCUCUGAGUUUGCAUCAAAGCUGUCCCCUCAGAUGACCCAGUCCUUGUUGGAGAAUGAGGCCCUGAACCUGAAGAGUCAGAGUCUGGCAAAGCAGUCUGAUCCGUCCUGCACCGCAUUUGGCACCUUCAACUCUCUCGGGGGCCACCUUAUUGUUCCCAAUUCAGGAGUAAGCUUACUGAUUCCUGCUGGGGCCAUUCCCCAAGGGAGAGUCUACGAGAUGUAUGUGACUGUACACAGGAAAGAAACUAUGAGGCCACCCAUGGAAGACACCCAGACACUCCUGACCCCUGUGGUGAGCUGUGGGCCACCGGGAGCCCUGCUGACCCGCCCCGUCAUCCUCACUAUGCAUCACUGCGCAGAUCCCAACACCGAGGACUGGAAGAUACAGCUCAAGAACCAGGCAGCACAGGGGCAGUGGGAGGAUGUGGUGGUGGUGGGAGAGGAAAACUUCACCACCCCCUGCUACAUUCAGCUGGAUGCAGAAGCCUGCCACCUCCUCACAGAGAACCUCAGCACCUACACCCUGGUCGGGCAGUCCAUCACCAAAGGGGCCGCCAAGCGCCUGAAGCUGGCCAUCUUCGGCCCACUCUGCUGCUCCUCUCUAGAGUACAGCGUCCGAGUCUACUGUCUGGAUGACACCCAAGAUGCCCUGAAGGAAGUUUUGCAGCUUGAGAGACAGAUGGGAGGACAGCUCCUAGAAGAACCGAAGGCUCUUCAUUUCAAAGGCAGCACCCACAACCUGCGCCUGUCCAUUCACGACGUCGCCCAUUCCCUCUGGAAGAGCAAAUUGCUGGCUAAGUAUCAGGAAAUUCCUUUUUACCACAUCUGGAGUGGGUCGCAAAGAAACCUCCACUGCACAUUCACUCUGGAAAGAUUCAGCCUGAACACGGUGGAGCUGGUUUGCAAACUGUGUGUGCGACAGGUGGAAGGAGAAGGGCAGAUCUUCCAGCUCAACUGCACCGUCUCAGAGGAACCCACUGGCAUGGACUUGCCUCUGCUGGACCCCGCGAGCACCAUCACCACCCUGACAGGCCCCAGUGCUUUCAGCAUCCCUCCCCCGAUCCGGCAGAAGCUCUGCAGCAGCCUGGAUGCCCCCCAGACAAGAGGUCACGACUGGAGGAUGCUGGCGCACAAGCUAAGCCUGGACAGGUACUUGAAUUACUUUGCCACCAAAUCAAGCCCCACUGGAGUAAUCCUGGAUCUUUGGGAAGCACAGAACUUCCCGGAUGGAAACCUGAGCAUGCUGGCAGCUGUCCUGGAAGAAAUGGGAAGACAUGAAACCGUCGUGUCUUUAGCAGCAGAAGGACAGUAUUGACCCACGCCGGACUGAAUGCACAGGGAGUCUGUGGCCGUCCCGGGGAUCACAGCUGAGGAGGAAACCCAGACCAGACCAAUGAGCUUCACAGGCAAGAUGGCCGCUGGAGAGAGAAGGAAAACAGAUACGAACUACCGCUAUAUACGCCCACUUUAUGGGACCUCUUCCCCGGAGUUAAGAACAAUUGUGUACAUUUGUACCUUGAAUUUAGAAACCAACCUAAUUUUCCUCUUUGUUGGGCUGUAUGCUGUGUGGUACAGGAUCUUACAGUUUCCUAGGAAACGCUUUUUAUUGCUAUCCAGAUAUAUGGAUAAACUUUCUUAACAAACCCAAUUUCUACAAACGUUGUUUACAUCAAAUUGGACAGGGAUGCAGACACUGUCCAUGGCUCGUUCUAUUUUUGUUUAAAUCAUUUGAAGUUGAAGCUGUGGACGGUUUGUUGUGUCUAUUUCAGAUUAGUAAUUCACAGAGAAAUCACAGACUUUUGCUACAAAUCACGUGCAUCAAGUGUCUCAGAUAAUCCUCCCAUCGUGUUCUGUUUCUAGAACUUGUAAAACCAGUGUUACUGUUUGUAUCAGGGAAGUGGAGAAUCUAAGUGUGAAGGAGAAAUAGCUAAGAGUCCUUAUUCCUUCAGGACACCCACCCGGUGCCCUCUGGGAAUAAAGCUGCAGCGUUGCAGGAAAGACAGUGAUUCACGUUCAACCACACAAACAAGCAUUUCUUCACAACAUGUGUGUUUGUAAUAUGCAAUCUGAAGUGGUGUUUUUUAAGGUAUCAUUAUUAUCAUUAUUAUUAUUGAUGAGUAUUUACAAGUAUUCUAGUAAAAGGCUUUUCUUUUAGCUUCGGUUUUUGUUAGCAGUACUGUUAGUAUUUAGCUAUUGACUAGACCUGCCUCACCUUCUCCCAUAACAAGGUGGGCGUGGUCACCAGUUUAAUUAAACAGUCAUUGCUUCCUUGACCUUUCAUCUUUUCCCACCAUUUUGCCCCAGAAAGGUAGUAAAUGCUUACUGGCUUUGUCCGUCUGUUCUUGCGGCUUGCUCAGGCAGGGUCUUUCUCCUCUGAGUCCUCUAUUCAAGUUCACUUAAUAUUGGGGUCCUGUGGCCCCACACUGACUGCCCUCAGGACUCUCUCCCUUAGAGGCAGCGGGUUUGGAGGAGGCCUCUGACAUGGAAAUCAGGAGACCAAUUCUCAUUCUGGGUUUGUCAUUGUCUAGCUGUGCUCCCUUGGGAAAGUCAUUUAACCUCACCAGACCUCAGUGUCCUCGCCUGUUAAAUAGUGGGGUGGGGUUAGAGAAUCUCAAGGUUCCAAAACGCUGGGCCUCCACUCCAGUGCCAUUCACCAGUGUGAAGACCACAGUGGACUCUGAGCUGGAUCAUUUAAAGAUCCAUCGAGGCUAGACUCUUAUCCAGGCUACAUUAUGCCUUUCAGAUAGUUCCAACUUGGAAGACAAUGAUUCUAACCUGUAACAUAUUUGUUAUGCUUUCAAGUCUUGUCUUUGCGUCAUUGGAUUAUGCUGUUCCCUGAGAGAUGGCAUCCUUUAUUAUCACUUUCGUUCCUCUCUUGGGACUAUUUGCCUUCCUGGUUAGUAGCAAAUUAUGUUCUAUUACUGUCUUGGUCAAAAUUUUUAAAUUAAAAAAAUUUUUUAACUGAAAAAUAGUUCAUCAAGGGACUAUUUUGUGUAAACUAUGAUACAGUAUUUCCUUAGGACCAUCACAGGCUCUUUGUUUUAGCACAGGGACUCAAUUCAUUCAGCAGGCGGGGAUUAGAGAGUUAACAGCCCAGUGGCCUAGCCAAGAUUGAAAAACAAGAAGCCACGCAGUUGAAGAAGAACCUUCAAAACAUGGCUGUGGUUGACUUUUGGGCUAGAGGUGUCCAGGUUGCUGAAUGGAUUUGAAUUAGAAGUAAUUUCAGAUAUUUCUCCCUUCUUUCCACAUAUAUUUCCUCUCCUGACUAUUUUGGUGACUUCUAGAUAUUUCCAGCCCCCUCCAUCUUUGUCACUGAGAAAAUACUGAUACCUUGAUAUGGAGACUUUUCUUCCAGACCUUUUAUUUCUCAUUUUCUGUUGUAGGUAUGCAUUCUAUAACCAGUCUCUCUCAGGCCACUCCCUGCACCAUAUAUAAAAUAUGUUACACUUAUCAUGAAAGGGAAAGAUUGCACUAAUAAACAAUUUCAGUGGAUAAUAUCUGUACCAAUGCAUAUUUGACCAAAAGAUAGUAAAAUUGUAUUCUACAUUAAAAAAUUGUAAAUAUAUAUUUUUUAAAAUGGAGGAGGAGAAAAAAAGAGCUAUUAUCCAUUGCUGCAUCUUAAAAUAACUUCUCAAGAUUGCUCAUCAUUACUGGUUUGGGGGGGUUGUCAUCUAUGGAAAUCAAGAAUUAGAAAUCUGAAGGCUUCUCAAAGGAACUUUCAUGCCUAGUGAAAAGUAGAGAGGAGAAAAUAUCCAGCUAUCCAGAUAACCAAUUCAAAACUUGAACUAGAAAAAAAAUCAUUAAAAAGUCAUAAACUCAGAAAUAUUGAACACAGCAGGCAGGGACUAUAUUAUCAAAGCCAUCGAGGGCCUUUGGCGUUCACUUCAGAGGUUUCAUGUUUUUGGAUUCAGCAUCCCAGCACCAGAAACAGGAAGAGUGGUUGAUUCUUUAUUAAGUAAGGUACUCAUCUAUCAUCUGUUGUAGAACCCUGUUAUGUUUCCUAUCAAGUAAAUGGCAACUUCCAUACUUAUAACGCACCACUUAUGUCAGAUAAUCUUCACUAUGAAUUCUGAUUUCCUUCUUUGGAAAAGUGUAAUAACUUUUAGUUUGCUCUCAAACUUAGAAGCUCCAGAGCCAACAUUUCAUUUCAAGGGAGUCACUUCACCAACCAUUCUAUGUGACCAGUUCUGCCUCUCAUGCUUAUUUAGCUUGUGCAGAAAGACAAGGCUUACUUCAUUUGGAAGGGAAUACCUAUCCCUUGUGCAUGGUGCCAUCUAGUGGUGUAUAACACAAUCUACUUUCAGUUUAAUAUAAAAACACUAAAAGUUGACAAAGGAACUGAAAACCUGCAGAGUCAAUAGGGCCUUUAUAACAAAUAGAUGUGCGGACACUUCACUUCAAAUACAGUUUUCGUAUUCUCACUUUUUUUCUUCUCAAUUAAAGUACCCAUAUCAAAAAUUGCAUGUCAUUAUGAGCAUAUUAUGUCAUCAACUCAUUCCAACAUGACACAUCUCAAGUCGGAUUUUGAUAAUAGAAAUACAUAAGCAUCUUUAUAAAACAGUCUUUGAAGAAUUGUCAUUUUAACAUUUAUAUUUUUCAUUGGGCUUUAUAUUAAAUCUUUAUUUUAAAUCUC